UAAAAACUAUCCACACCCUCUUCCUUUCUCACCCAUAACUUUGUUAAGAACUUCAACUAAAUCAUACCAUUUUCUCUUUCUUUUCCUUUCCUUUCCUUUCCUUUCCUUUCCUUUCUCAAACCGUACCAGAUUCCACCGCCGUCCUUCUCCGCCGCCAUCUCCACUCUGCUCCUUCCUUCAACUCCUACCUCCCCCCCCCCCCCCUUCCUUGGGGAUGCCGAUCAAUACGUCGCUCUUCAACCAUCCUCUCCUCCGCCGCCGCUAGUUUCUCAAAUUUAUAAUGUCCUCGAGGGAUUCUAACGUCCUCUUCAGUGGUGGCGGCAUCAGUUUUCUCAAUGAAAAUCACACUGGAAAGUUCAGCUAUGGAUAUUCUAGUUUCAAGGGCAAAAGAGCUUCAAUGGAGGACUUCUAUGAAACAAGAAUUUCUGAAGUUGAUGGGCAGAUGGUCGCUUUUUUUGGUGUUUUUGAUGGUCAUGGAGGUUCCAGAACAGCUGAAUACCUUAAGCGCAAUCUUUUCAAGAACCUAAGUAGCCAUCCAGACUUUAUCAAAGACACAAAGACUGCUAUUAUUGAGGUCUUUAAACAGACUGAUGCCGAUUAUAUCAAUGAAGAGAAAGGGCAGCAGAAAGAUGCUGGGUCAACUGCAUCAACUGCUGUCCUGUUGGGGGAUCGUCUCCUUGUUGCAAAUGUUGGGGAUUCCAGAGUAGUUGCAUCUAGAGCUGGUUCAGCUAUUCCCCUCUCUAUUGAUCACAAACCUGAUAGGUCAGAUGAGCGCCAAAGGAUUGAGCAAGCGGGAGGAUUCAUUCUUUGGGCAGGAACUUGGCGGGUUGGUGGUAUCCUAGCAGUUUCACGUGCCUUUGGAGAUAAGCUACUCAAACCGUAUGUUGUUGCUGAUCCUGAAAUUAAGGAAGAAGAACUUGAAGGUGUAGAUUUUAUUAUUAUUGCAAGCGAUGGACUUUGGAAUGUCAUAUCAAACGAGCUUGGAGAUCUUGAAAAGAAAAAUAAAAAAUGAAUAUCUGGGAAUACUUCUCUGGGGUUGGAAGAAUUCAAGUCAUUUGGCCCUUCUCCAUUAUAGGCCGUUGACUGAAAGGAGAGUCAGAGACAGCCUUUCUUCCUUGUCAUAUUCUUAGAAACCAACUAUUUCACGAGCAUAUAAGGAGAAAAAUGAUAAAAUAGUGCAUAUACUAUACUAGAAAAUCCAUAGGAUCAUUGAAAAUGGAUAAGAUUUCCAUUAACUUGUUCUUUCGUAGGUUUUCAAAGUAUAUGCUGAGUUUUCUAGUUGUGCAAUUUCAUGCUUGUCAAAAGGCAGAGUCGUCUACUAUUUCUAAUUUCAGUAGAUAUUUGAUCAAGUUAUGGAACAUUUUAAAGAACUUUUUGAAUCUAAAUGCUCGAAUUGGCGACCAUUUUGUGAGAUUAGUUAUCGUAUGCAUCACUGUGUUAAAAUAAUAUUUGGAUUCAAACGUUUUUAGAAGAACUUUAGGUUUCUUAAGCUCAUUCUCCCUUCUAGUGGCAAUUUGUCUAAACGGAGUGGGAUUCACACACACAAAGCUCAAAUCAAACUGCAUAGUCUAUGUUUCAUUUCCAUUUUUGGCUUUGCAGGAAGCUGUUGCAUUGGUACAACACAACCAAGAUGCAGAAAUGGCAUCAAGACAACUAAUCCAAGAAGCUUUUGCUCGAGGGAGUUCCGACAACAUUACAUGUGUCAUUGUACGGUUUGGUUUAUCGUAAUGCAAUAGAAUUCGAUGAAACUUGUAUGAAUCAGCAAAUGGCAGUUCUUUCUCAUGGAAUGUCAUAACUAACUACAGUUACUGGUCUUAACGAGAUCUUAAUCCUCAAAGAUUAGCUGAUUUGUUUGUUUGUAUCGAGUCAAAUCCAUAACUUGCACUGUGCUCAGGACUUUCCUGCUCAAUCUGUAGAUUACUUAAUGCAUUUGUUCCAACUUUUGCUUGCAAAUGUAGUUUCAAUGGGGUUCUCAAACAAUAACAUUCAGGCUAACUUUAUGUUAUUUUUAUUUUCCCGUUUGUGUUUC